GACCGAAUCCAUCCCCAUUGAAUCCCAAUGAAUCAUUAUGGAAGAUGUGAAAAGUGCAGUUCUUACAUUAUUUAUUGAGAUAGGGGAAAUGUAUCCGUCCUUGUAACCAGUGCAUCAGGCUUUGAGGGCUAAGAUAUAAUUGAUCAUGAUUCUAUGAUCAAGAUACGAGAAUAGAGGAAUGUGAACGGGUGUGGACUAAGUCCCUUCCUACGAAGGAUAUCUUCUAACACAUUCUCUGUUAUUCUAAGAGAAAAUGUAUCGACAGGUAUACGAUUGUUACCUUAGUUGUUGCCAUCAAACUGUAGAUUCUUUACUGAAGUUGGACUAAGGUGACCGAGGUUGACGGUUGGAGAUUUCCCUCAAUUGUGGAUGUCCCUGACCAAUUCAAACGUCUUUCUGCUGAACGAGGGUUCAGCUGAUUCCUACACUAGUAGACCCUCAGAUUCCGACGUGUCCCUGGAGGACGACCCAGAGGCGUCUCGGCUUGAAGCCGAGCGCCAGGCCCAACUGCAGUUGGAGAGAGCCAAGUCGAAACCGGUAGCAUUUGCAGUGAAGACCAACGUGAGUUACUGUGGGGCUCUAGAUGCAGACUGUCCUGUCCAAGGUGCUGCUAUCAACUUUGAAACCAAAGAUUUUCUACACAUAAAAGAGAAAUACAGCAAUGACUGGUGGAUCGGUCGGCUGGUGAAGGAAGGGGCAGACAUAACCUUCAUCCCCAGCCCGGUGAAACUGGAGGCCAUGCGGAUCAAACAGGAACAGAAACAGGCCCAGAGGAAAGCAGGGAACUCAUCGUCCGGCUGGAGAUCCACACCACCUACUGCAGCCAAGCAGAAGCAAAAGCAGACAGAACAUCUCCCACCCUAUGAUGUUGUUCCUUCAAUGAGACCAGUGGUGUUGGUGGGGCCCUCACUGAAAGGCUAUGAGGUAACAGACAUGAUGCAGAAGGCCCUGUUUGACUUCCUGAAACACAGGUUUGAUGGAAGAAUCUCUAUCACGCGGGUGACUGCUGAUCUGUCUUUGGCCAAAAGGUCUGUAUUGAACAAGAAGGCCAUCAUGGAGAGGUCUAACACACGCUCCAGUCUUGCUGAGGUCCAGAGUGAGAUUGAGAGGAUCUUUGAGCUGGCUAAGACCCUACAGCUCGUAGUUCUGGACGCAGACACCAUCAACCACCCAGCACAGCUCCUCAAAACGUCCCUGGCUCCUAUCAUCGUUUACGUUAAGGUGUCCUCUCCUAAGGUUCUUCAGAGGCUCAUCAAAUCUCGGGGGAAAUCUCAAAGUAAACACCUCAAUGUACAGUUGAUGGCGGGAGACAAACUAGCACAGUGUCCACCCGAGAUGUUUGAUGUGAUCCUGGAUGAGAACCAGCUGGAGGAUGCAUGUGAACACCUGGCAGAGUACCUGGACAUCUACUGGCGCGCCACUCACCUGCCCUGCUCCGCCCCCCUCAACCCCCUAUUGGACCAGAGCGUGGUCACCCCGCCCUCAGCUAACUCCAGCCAACAGUUCUCCGAGACUCAAGAGUUAAUAGAAUGAUCACUCCCUAGCUACCACAGGCCUGGAUGUGGUAAAGAGAUCAAUCCAACUCCACCAAAAUGCCAUGGCAACGCCAUUCAGAAUCUCCUCAUUGCCCUCCAUAAAAAUGUACCUACCUUUAGGAUAUUGUUUAUAUGUGUAUUUGGAGUAAAAAUCUGAUUUAAA